AUGCCGUACUUCGACAUGCGUCAAAAGCGCAGCAGCAAUCGAACGACCAUUCUUGGUGUCUUACUCGGCGUUGUCUUUGUCUACUUCAUCUACAGCAUCCGCACCAUAUCCCCCGACGCCUCCAACCAACUGCAGCGGGCCCAAAAUGUCGUCGCCGAGAACCCUCUUUCACCACCCACCUCAGCCUUCCGGAAACAACGCAAACUGCAAAGUGCAGACGACGUCCUUCCUCCUCCGCCUGUCGUUCAUUACCAGUUGAACAAUCUGACCGCAUCAGCCAACCCCGCUGCGAAUAAUGAAAAAGUCCUGAUUCUCACACCCCUUGCCCGCUUCUAUCCGGAAUACUGGAACAACCUCCUCCGUCUUAGUUACCCUCACCGUCACAUCAGUCUGGGUUUCAUCACACCUAGGACAAAAGAAGGACAUGCUGCCACCGCUGCUUUACAGGAAGCCGUCAGGAAGACCCAAUCUGGCCCAGAAGAUCAACGAUUUCAAUCGGUGACAAUACUGCGACAGGACUUCGAUCCUCCCAUCGUAUCUCAAGAUGAAAAGGAACGCCACAAGAUGGAAAACCAGAAAGAACGCCGUGCCUCUAUGGCUCGCGCACGGAACAGUCUCCUUUUCACCACAAUUGGUCCUCAUACUUCCUGGGUUCUGUGGCUGGAUGCCGACAUUAUCGAAACACCGCCCACGUUGAUCCAAGAUCUAGCCAGUCAUGACAAAGCCAUUAUUGUCCCCAAUUGCUUCCAGCGAUACAUCAAUGACAAGGGCAAGCCGGAUGUGCGACCUUACGACUACAACUCCUGGAUGGAUAGUCAAACAGCAAAGGACUUGGCAGCGGAAAUGGGCCCCGACGAUAUUUUACUCGAAGGCUAUGCCGAGAUGCCUACGUAUAGGACACUCAUGGCGAUGUCGGCCAAGUUUGGAGAGGAUCGCGAUGAGCGUCGACUGAUGCCUCUGGACGGCGUCGGCGGGACAGCUUUGUUGGUCAAGGCCGAAGUCCACCGUGACGGUGCCAUGUUUCCACCAUUCCCGUUCUAUCAUCUCAUUGAAACCGAGGGUUUCGCGAAGAUGGCGAAACGGCUGCAUUUUGAUGCUUUCGGCUUGCCCGAUUAUUUCGUAAGUCGCCUUUCCCGUCGUUAG